CUCGAUCGUGGCGCUCAGAGACUUGCAUUCAAUACGCCUCGUCUGUUUGCAUAAUCCACUGGGCGCCAGCAAGUGGUGUGGGGCAUGGUCCGAUCAGGAUCCGCAGUGGCGCGACCUGGCGGGUGCAACAUCUCUUCGCCAGCAGGUUGACGGCCGACAGGCACAUGGGUACUUUUGGAUGACCUUUUCAGAUUUUCUACGAUAUUUUACCAUCAUUGAUGUCUGCAAAAUCCCCCUCAAGCCCCAAGACCGCUCCGUCGCCACUUGCAAUGUGCCGCGCAGCAUUGAGCAUCCCCAUUUUGGAUUUCUCAUCGUGCCCAAAGUCGACAUGACUCACAUUGACAUCAGCCUCAUGCUUCACGAAAACCAUCUGCUUGGCAGAGACGAGCCAUCAUCGUUUAUGCACUUGGUCAUUGUGGAGGUGGACGCCCAGCUGGUGCCGCUUCAUUUCAUGGUGACCACAACGCCGCAACCCAUUUUUAUGCACUUGGCUUAUUGCCCAAUGAAACUGCGGGCCGGUCACCGAUACCUUGCCAUGCCCAUGAGCUAUCAUGCCUACCUUCAGGAGGGUUCAUGGGCGCGUCGCCAGUCGGAAAAAUUUGUGCUCGCCGUGUACGCAGAGCCUCGUACGGUUGCCUUGCAAAGAGUAUCUUUGUCCCACUCGGACGUGGCUCGGAUCAUCUGUCUCAUGUGUGUGGAGAAAGGCAAGGAGGUGCCUCUGGUGAAAUCCGCUGGCAGCAUCAAAAUUUUUCAGUAUGAGAAUCUACUGGUUGCCAUGAAUCUGGAUCGGCGAACCAACUUUGAGGUGGAGGUGCAGAUUGACGCCAAAAACUAUCGAAGCACCCGCCUCAGCCAAGACCUUGAUUUUCAUGCCAUGCUGGAACCCGGUAGCUCGGCAUUCAUGGCGGCCUAUGUCCCCGAAGAUCUGCGCCAGCCCUCCAACUUUAAGAUGAAAAAGGUUCAAGUGGCGGCGACAGCAGACACGGGCCAGGACGGCACCGAGGCUCGUGUGCCGCGCCUACAUGCCCCCUUUCGCGACAUUCACGAGCCGGCCAUCUGUCUCAAACUGAGCAGUUGCUGGGCCUGGCUCAGGCCCAGCCACAGAAAGGGGGCGACUCAUUGAUCCCUCCAUGGCUUGGCAAUGUUGCUUCAUGUGCCUGAAAUCAGCGUGCCACCUGGUGAUGCCCACUUCGUGCCCCAUCGGUUGACCGCGCCUCGCUGGAGGCAUUGAUGCGCCUUGAGUGAGGCGAUACAUACUCUUCUUCUAUACGAAUUUCUGUUGACCUGCGUUUACCUUUACCAUGAUUAUUCUAUUUUUUGUAACUGCCUUGGAAUACCCUACCAAUUGAUGCUGAGCAU